CCUUUGGUAUCGCCGUUCAGAUAGACAUACAGGAGAGAGGAGAGAGUUGUGAGAUGAAUGAGUUCAGUUGAUGCCCUGAUUUCUUCACUCCAAUCAAACGCUGCCACCUGUGCCCAAGGACCAGCCCACAAAAUCUCUUAACAAAGGACUUUCGAUCCAUAUAUCUUAGCUAUUUCAUCAUUUUUCAUUUUCUUUUAAGCCCAAAUUGAUAUAGGACUUGUUUUCAGGACCCCAAUAAGGAUGCCCUAACUACCUAGAAUUUUAUUUUCCAAUAGAAAAUAAUUAUGAUGAUUUUGAAGUGACUUAUAAACAUAAAACCGAUAGGAUAAUUAGUCAAUUCAAAUUAUACGUCAAAAAUUACAUCAAAGAAAAUCUAAUACUCCAUAUAAGUAUGGUUCAACUCUAUUUAGUAUUAAAGGUUUGGGAAACAAUUGAUCGAAAAAGCUUACGUGGACAAUAUCAUAGUAAGCUGUGGGUUAGAUAUCUGUCGACAACCAUCUGGUUCUAUUAGAUAAUUUGAUCUCUAGCAAAAAACAUCUGGUAGUUUCUGUUUUUAUAAUGUCUCCAACAAAUUACAAUGUCUGAUUCAAAUUUCAUUAUAAAAACAGAAACUACCAUCACGACAACACAUUUGUUAAUUUAAGUCUUGUUCGUUUGCAUGUCGUAGCUAUCUAUGACUAUGACUUCCAUUACUGUUGCAGGUUCCUGCGAUUUACAAUAUAUGGCUGUGAUCUAUGAUAAAUUAUUGUUCGUUUUACUGUUGCAUAAAAAUUAGUUUUUAGUUUUGAAAACACGAUUUGAGACUGGCUGCACGAUCACGACGAAACAAACAAUAAUCUACGAUUUGCGAACAACGUUAUAGUUGUGGGAUCGAUCGUGCGACAGCAAAACAAACAACUACAGAGUAGCUGCCCUAGGUAUAUGCGGGGAAGCAUGAGCUUCCAGUCCUAUUUUUGUCCUCGUAAAUUCUUCAUUAGAGCAGUUAGUUUAAGGUUUUAAAUUGCUGGACUGAGUAGUUCGACUAUAGCUAGCCACCAUUUUUUCAUCACGAAACAAGUUCAAAUUUUAUCUUUUUUGCUUCCAGCUCAUAAUUUUUCCGGACCAGACCUGAAACUACAAUUUGAAAUUGUUUCUAGUCGCAAGUUGCAAAUCACAGGUCAAUAACACAUAAAUGAACAGUAUCCCACUAUUGUGGACUGUUCACCUUUAGUAUUGUUUAAUAUCUAAUAGUUAAUGACACAUGAAAUUUUGUUAUUAAUAUAUAGUGAUAAUCUGGCAGUGAUAUUGUUAUAAAAAUACUGACCCAAGAAGAGUGUUUAAUUUACCAUUUAAAACGUCUACGAUGAUCAACAGAUAUAAAAUGCAUAAAACCCGAUCCAUGGUUGGUUAUUUUGUAUCUUUCAAAAAUAAAAGCCCUAGGGAAAAUCUAUCCAAUGAAACUAUGAAAGCAUUCAUUGAAGUACGAAGGGGAGUAUAAAUGCUACCUGCGUCCGAAUCUAACCAUGUCCGUAAUGUAUAUUACAUCGAAGUCCAUUAUCGAAUACUCUUUAUCCUUUUUUUUAACACCUAUCGAAUACUAUCAAAUCCAAAAUAAUGGGUGUAAUUUACAUUUUACAAGAGUGAAGAGAGAGAGUGUGAUUCUGAAUGCAACUGUGUGGUUGAUUAAUCAUUUGCAAGUGACUACACAUGUAUAAAAGCCCUCUUUAUGCUCCAAAAUGAUGCUAUCUUUAUUCAAAACAUCACAAUCUCACCUUCUCAACGUAUCGUUUUUUUUAGCCAAAAUAUCAUUUUUAAUUUAAAUACUAAACAUAUAUAUUAAAAGGAUAUUAGAAGGUGAGAUUGUGAAUUAAUCACUAUCGACCAAACUUCUUGCAUCGUGCGACGCACCUGACACUUUGUAAGCUAUAUCGCUAAUCUGGCUAGUUUUGGCUAAAUUCUGACCCUUCUCAAUUCCAUUUUUGUGACAGAAGUUAUAUAGGGACUGGCUAGCUAGCUAAGCCCAAAACCAAUCCGAUUCAAUUAUUGUUUUAAAUUUUGGAAUUUAAAAACAAAAGGUUAAACAUAUUGUCUUCUUAAUCAUUUAAUUUUCAUUAUAAUAUUAAAAGUCGUGACACACAUUUUAUAAUUAAUAAGCCAAACGAGCGCAUAUGUUAACUGAUACUUUUGGUUUUCAAUCUUUUGCUCAAAAUACAGGUUUAUUUAUUGUGUGCCAAAAGCAGGCUUAUCCCUUACGUUGUGUUAUUCAUCUAUACCCCCAAAGAAUUGUUUCAUGGUAUAGUCUAAAAGUCAACCAGGUUUGUAGAUUGGUUACUAUCUAAACCAUCUACAAUUUUUGAACCAUGUAUCUAGUUUUUUUUUCUUCAUCUAUUUUUAGUACUUUUGUUCGCAAAUGUAUUAGAGUUCUAGUUGAGCUUCCUCAGGAAAAUCUAAUAAUUACAAUUUCUUUUUCACUCUGUUCAUAUAUUUAUUAAUUGAUUUGUCUGCUUAUAGCUUUGUAUGUGUAUUUAUUCUUAUGUCUUUAUAGGCCCAAAUGGGUUCCAAAAUAUGUUAUAAAAUAUUGAGAAACCUUAUCUCCACUUUGGACCAUGAUAACAUUUUUAAAUUUUUGAAGGGCACUCUAUUAAAUAUUUUUAACAAAUUUAUUCUGUUUUAUAAUAUUUUGAUAAUAUUACUACUGUAGAACGGAAUCAUAUUUCGUUUUUAUUUCUACAAUAAUAACGAUUUAUAGUAAGUCCUUAGCAUUGGCCCCUACCAAAGAAGAAAAACUAAAAAUUAGGGAAAAGAAAAAGAAAAUUCCGAGAGAAUAUGAAGUUAUCAAUGUCAAGUCAAACGUCAAAUGUCAAAUGUCAAAUCUAUGCUUCUUAUUUAUCGAGUGUACGGACACCUUUUCUUGCGGAAAAUAGGUAACCUAGUUAGCAUGUCUAAGAUUUUAAAGUAUAAAUAAAGAACAAUCGGGAUGUAACUUGUGUAACAGGUAAAGAUGGUUGGUUUGAAACAAUAUUAAGAUUAAAAUCGUAAAUCAUGAAUUAUAUAUAUACAGAAAAAUUAACUAAUUUAUACUCAUUAAUUUAAAUAAAAAUAUCACUGGUUAUUUUUUUUGGCUUUUUAGCAUAAUACUUCAGUUAAAUCAAGUUCUGUAUAAAAUGAAAGUAGAGCAUUUUUUGUUAUUUCAUCAGCUAUGUGAUAAAAUAUUUUGAAUUGAUUAGACAUUUCAGUUUUAUUUAUAUAGAAACAUAGUUUUUCAUUUUAUCUGAAAACAUUUAAAUGCUUUUGUAAUUAACUUUCAAUUUGAUAUGUGCGGUUUAUUUACAGUUCAUGGCUUUUAUUUUAAGUUGUUUUAUAUCUUAAAUAAUUUAAGUUUACCAGUUUUUGAAAUAAAGUUUAAACCAUUUUCGCAACUCACUUUCAAUACUUCAGCAAUCUAUAUUAGCGAUUGUAUUGUAAUAUCAAUCGAUCUUUAGUGAGUUAUCAAGGCAUCGAACACUUCUGUUUUCAAAGAAAGCAAAUUCCAUUGCUCGUAGCUUUGUUGAAAAUAAAGAGAUCCCCCGAAAAUUGGUGUCACCUCAUGGUUGCUACUUUUCAUAUGAUGCCAUGGUGAACGAUUAAAUAUAGACCCAUAACACAUAACAUGAAUUAAAAUCAAUUAAAAUAACAUAAAGAUACAAGUUAUGCGAACAUAAAUUUAAAUCAUAAGUUUUUUUUGUAAAGAGGAACCCAUCAGCGAUGUCUUUUAGUUUAAGUUGACUAUUAACAUUUUGUACUUUUAAUAAUUAAUUUUGUAACGACACCAUCAUUUUUUGACCUUAUACUAAUUAAAAUGAAUAUAUGUUUCUUAUGAUAUACAAUAAUUGCUUAACAAAAGCUAUAUAUUAUAUAUCAUUCUCCAAAUCAGCUACACUUCUGUCUCGAAUGAUACAAUUUGUCUCAUUUUUCCCCGGUCAACCGAUUUAAAUUUAUUUAAAAAGUCUAUCUCAACCCUACGUCAACCCUAUUUCGACCAUACAUUCAUUUAGAAUAUGUUUUUAUAUUUCGAUAAAGGGCUUUUUUCAUUUAGAAUAACUAGUGCAAUAUAUCCUUUAAUUGCUUUAACACUAUGCCUAUUUAUACUUUUUAGUGUAACAUAAAAUUGCAUAUAUAUUAUAACGCACGUGUGAGUUGCAAACAAUAUAAAAAUAUAUGAGCAUAAUUAUAUAACCAAGCUUCUAUUUUUGCAAACCAUAUAAUUAAUUUAUUAUAAUUUUUCCUUUUUAUAUAGUUUUUUGGUAGUUAUAUUCUGUACUGGUCAGUUAAACAUGAAAAGCAAUUAGUUCAGACUAAUCUUCUGUACUAUUGCACAUCAACCAUCUAAUUUUGUUAUAUGUUACUUUCUAUAUUCUCCAUAGUGGUGACCCACGUGAGCCGUGGGGGUUUCUUCGGGUUAACAAAACUCGACGAGGCUAAUAGCCUAUCAAAUCUCAUAGACUGACCUUAGAAGAGUUUUGGUUGGUCUUGAGGCCGUAUGAAAUUUAAUAUUUUUAUGCCAUAUUGUUUAUAGAACAAGCGUGCAUACAAUUACAAUUUUUUUUGAAUUCGAUAAAUGUUAUUCUUGAAUUGAACGACAUAAUACAUCAUCAGUUUUAUCAUUAGAGGUUAAGCCAAUAUGAUAUCUUAAUUUAUUCGCUUCACUAAACGUCCAAUCAAUAUAAAUUUAGUCCAACCACUAACUUGAUUUCAUCAUAUAAUCUUUUUUUUUGUCUAAUGAUAAAAAAAUCUCAUCAUAAAAGCAAGCUAUAAAUUUUAUAUGAUUAAUUUCUCUUAUCAAGAUAGAUGUAUAAGAUUAUUUAGGAGUGUUAGUGAUCUUUUCUGGAUGUCCAAUACAAUUGUUGGUUUAGUAACAUUUUAGCCUAUAUAUAUAGUGUAAAUCUGACAACAAAGAAAGAAAUAUAUGAACAAGUUUGCAAAAUAGUAUUAUACGAUUUUAUUCAUUUUUGGCUAACAUUCAGUUUUUUUUACAAAACACAUCUUCAGAUUAAAAAACUUUUAAAGCACAAAAUCUUAGUAUUACAGGCUGUUUCAGUUAGGAUGAUUACUUUUUAACGAUAGAAAAAAAUACUCAUACUAGACAUGAAAUGCUAUAGAUGUGGCUUGCUUCCACUAUAGAGCAACUCCAAUGUAAAAUUCAUUUUUUCUUCCAAAGUGGAGUAAUUCUAUAAUAUAAUAAAUUUAUUUCUAUUCAUCAAAGCAUAUUUAAUGGUUAUUUUAUUUUUCAUUCUAAAAAUAAUUUUUUUUUUAAAAUAUGUUUCAAUAGUACUCUUUUCAUCAUUCUAUAAUUGAACGAAAAAUGAACACACUCUAUAAAUAGAAUAUUAUUGGAGUAUAACUCAACUCUAUUAUAAAAUUACUUUAUUUUGAAAGAAAAUAUAAGGAAUAAUUGGAAAUGAUCGUAUAGAAUAGAAAUUGGAGUAAGAUUAGAGCACUUGUUACUUCAAACUCUAUUUUAAAGUAAAAUGGAUUAGGGUUAGAGAUUCUCUAAACACCCAUUUUAUGUAUAGGUUGAGCAUUUUAAUUAAGAAGAGUUAGUGGCAAUUAACAAAUAAAACUAAUUAUUGUGCUCGGGAAUAAUUAAGCCAAAUAGCAAAAGGCUUAAAACCGAAAGCCAAAAAACAAAAAAAAAACUUCGAGACCUUAAUUUAUUCGAUUGGCUCAGAAAUCGCAUCACCAAUUUAAUUUUAGUUGAUUCCACUAACUUCAAAAUCAAUUUUCUAUGUUUGUAUGCUCCGAUCAAACAUGCGAGGGAAUUAGACCAUUUUGUUAUAGUAUAUGUUAACUAAUUCAAAAAAAUAUGAAUAACAGUUGAUGCGUUCAUACCAAUGAUCACUAAAAUUCUAACCGUGUCACUUUAAUAACGAAUCAUAAUCAAUCUAAUAUAAAAAGUAGAUUAGUCGAAUCUAUUAUCAGUAAGUUUUGAGAUAAAAAGUUUAACAAAAAUUUGUAUAUGAUAUUAGAGCCUAUAUUCAUCUGAAAGAUCAUAUCCAAUCCAACUACAAUAAGCUAAUUUUUUUUUUUAUCUUGAUCAGAUAUAUAAGGAAUGUUGCAAGAAAAAACGUAAAAUAUAUAGUAAAGUAUUUAAAUUACCUAAUUUAAACAACUCAUUAACUUUGACUCUAACUAUGACAAUUAACAACCACGCUUAAGUUGUAGUAUUGGUAACCAUUGAAUUUGAUCAGUGACCAAAUUUAGUGUAUAGGUGCUGCGGAUAUAAAAAAGAUCUGCGGAUUCUGAUUAGUCCGAAACUUCCGUGGUAAUAAAAAAAGGAUGUGCUUAUAUAUCUAAUCAUUAUGUGUCAAGACACAAGUGUCUGUAAAAUAUACAAUAAACAAAAUGAACAGCAACGUCGCUUAACACACCCCGAGACAGCUAUAAAUUCCAAGUCCCGAUCUUUCCUCCACAACAUAUGCUCGUUGAGAGCAACAAAAUACUUUCCUUGAGAGCAGCAUAUGUUACUAAAUAUUUAUCACAACCUGAGCUAGAAUCUUGAAACUUGCCUUCUCCCCCACAUUUCAUUUGAAGUUAUUUCCAUUUCCUAAUUAAUUAGAGAGGUUGAUUACAAUAAGAAAAUAUUGUUUAUAUCGAUUGACAGGGAAGAGACAGUGCUCCGGGAAACAAGCCACUUCAAGCAGGGGAAUUUUUAUAAGAAUGAAGCCAUGCAUGACGGCUCUAAGACAAACGAUUCCACCAUUGUUGAACUUCAAAGAGAUAUCCACCGGUUUGAACAUGGUCGACGUUCCCUAUUUCCGGCGAAAGGACAAGGUUGUUUUCGUCAUGGGAGCAACCGGAACCGGCAAAUCCCGUCUCGCCAUCGACCUUGCCACUCGUUUUCCGGCGGAGAUCGUAAAUUCCGACAAGAUCCAAGUCUACAAAGGUCUAGACAUCGUGACCAACAAAGUCACUCCGGAGGAAAGCCUCGGCGUCCCUCACCACCUCCUCGGCACCGUGGAAGACACUCACGAGGAUUUCACCGCGGAGGAUUUUCAGCGGGAAGCAAUCAGAGCCGUUAAAUCGAUCGUGGAGAGAGACCGUGUCCCGAUCAUAGCAGGUGGUUCUAAUUCUUACAUAGAAGCUUUGGUCAACAACUGCGUUGACUUCCGGUUAAGGUACAACUGUUGCUUCUUGUGGGUUGAUGUUGAUAAACCGGUUUUGCAUUCGUUUGUCUCGGAGCGAGUCGAUAAAAUGGUUGAGAUGGGACUCGUCGACGAGGUUCGCCGCAUCUUUGAUCCGACGUCAGAUGAUUACUCCACCGGAAUCCGAAGAGCGAUCGGAGUUCCCGAGCUAGACGAGUUUCUCCGAGCAGAACUGCUAAAUUACCCGACGUCGAAGCUUCUGGAGACGGCGAUCAAGAAAAUCAAGGAUAGUAACUGCUUGCUUGCGUCUCGUCAGUAUCAGAAGAUUCAGAGGCUUUAUAAGCAGUGGAAGUGGAACAUGCACCGCCUAGACGCGACGGAGGUUUUUCUCCGGCGAGGAGAAGAAGCUGACGACGCUUGGGAAGACAAGGUGGCUCGCCCUAGCGCACUCGCCGUCGACCGGUUCCUCAAUUACAGCGAAGAUCACCAUUUGGAAGGCGCUGAUAUACUCCUACCGGAGAUAUCCGUCGUUCCGCCGUUUCCAGCCGCCGUGGCAGCGAUUUCGCGGUGAAAAAGAAAGAACAUAACAAGAACCGAACAAUCUAUAUGCUGAAAAAAAGAGAGGGAAGUUCAAGAAAUAAAAGAGACAAAAUAAUGCCACGUGGUGAUAUUGGUUAAAAAAUAGUUACGAUAAUGCCACGUCGCAAGAUGGGUCGCUGUCGGAGCAGAUGACCUUUAUGUUACUUAUUGUUAGAAGUGUGUUGCGGUUAACGGAAUCAGUUUUGAGUGGAUGCUGACAGGUUUCCCUUUUGUUCCGGUAUGGUACUUAGCUAGGAUGUGGUGCGGUUUAGUGUACGGUUACACGGUGGAUUAGGUUAGAGUUAUCAGUUUAGAGUCUUAAGACAACCAGAUGUCGUUGGUCAACGCGGUUUUGUUGAACAUGGACCCCAUUUUUGACGGCGGGUUGCCGUCCGAUAUGUGUUAGGUCUUCUAAGAUGUGGUUAAAUAAUUCAAUCAAACGGUUGUGAAGUGAUUAUUAUUAGUAGUUUAUAAAGGAUCUCUGUUGUGAAGUGAUUAUUAUUAGUAGUAGUUCAUAAUAAUUCUGGCGGGUUGCUGAUGAAAUCCAUGCUGGAUAAGACGUAUGUAAAUUUCUAAAUUGCGAUUAUGUUAACAAAUUAUAAAUGAAUUUACAUCAUCAGUUUUUGUCCAACGAGAACAAGAACAAGAGGAUAUAUAUAUAUAUAUAUUUUAAGAGAUUGCCCACUGGCCACUACCCACUACCCACCGCCAUGCACCCCUUGUCCAUCUCAAACAAACAAGCAUGUACUCCCAUUUGUAAUACUUCAAGAGUGUGAUUUUUCAUUUCAAUUUGGUAAAUCAUAUGUCAAUUACAAAGCAACAUGUAUGGUGUGUAUUCAUACACUUUGUUAUGAAUGUUUUAAGAGUUCUUUCGUGUUUACGUUAUGUAUUAGGAGAUAUGAGAUAAAUUGCUGAAUAAUGUUGGUUUAAUGACACCUUAUUAAAUAUGACUUGAAAGAGACAAUAUUCAUGCUUUAGCAGUUGCAUGAAUUAAAACUCAAACAUGAAAAAUGUUAGUUCUGCUAACGACAAAUAUAGUUUAAGAAUACGCGUGAGUACAUUACUCUACCAAUAUACAAAGUAUUAUUUGUUAUUUUUUCAUAACUAUAUUGCGUUUGUUAGACAGUAUUAAUAUCGUAAGUUUAUAAUAAUUGGACCAAAAUGUGCGAUGGAUGUCAAAAACUAUUCCCAUUAGGCAAGUUGUUUAAAAUUUUGGAACGCCUCUAUUAUUAGCUCUGUCUACACGUUAGAUGUAUUCGAGCCACAACCCACAAGCUGUUUUCAUAGCAUAAUAUAUAUUCCAAUAUUUAAAUUAUUACUUAACGUAUCUUACAAAUCAAUGCGUGUCGUCAAAGGAUAACAACUCAAUAUCAGGUGAAUCCAUGUGUGUAUUCUGUAUAUGGUUUAUUUUAGUUGAAGUGAUAUAUUAAAUAACUCAGUUUUGUUUAAGUUAAAGCCAUCACCACUGCUGGUAUUUGUUAGAGUAUCUAACCAUUAACAGAAAAAGAAAGAGAAUAAGACAUGGGAAACUGUAAAAGAAAGAAAAAUCAUUAGAAACUACUAGACUACUUGUACAAUUGUGACCGAUUCAAGGUUCUGAUUUAAUUAAUAUUAUAAUAAUAUUAAAGUUAAAUAAUUAAACUAUGUGAAGAAUAUUUCACCAUCAAAGUAACAUAUAUUCAUUUUAUGUACUUUUAUAUCAGUCACUAGAGCCAUGCUUUGUAUGAAUUAUUUAUUGAAUAAUAAUUUGAAAGAUGCAUGCAUUAGUCCGUCUAGUCUCAUCAACUUUUAAAAUUUAGGGACAAAGUUAUGGGCUACAUAUGGUUAAUUAAUGGUUAACUAUCUUUAUUAGAGAAGUUGUUAAUCUUUAUUCUCAUUUGGUAUUGGUUGAAGUAUGCAGUUAUCGUGUAAUUAUGAAAAAUCAAGGUGAAUUUAGGCAUGCUAAAAUAGCGAGGACAAAUCUUAACCAUUGACCAGUUCAAGAGCUUUUUAAUGGACAAGAGGACUAGUGAAAAUUAAUAUAUGGAUGCAUGCAUUUCCGAUAUAUUAAAUAUAGAGUUAUACAAUAGUCACUAAGUACCUUUUUAACAUAAAAAUAAACACUGGAUUAAAACAUUUCUAUCGUUACUGAAAUUGACAAAUAUGUGGGUAUGCAUAUUUUGAGUGGAUCAGUUUGAUCUCUUACCAACUCUAAACAGAUGUUAGUAUGUAAUAUUUUGUGAGUCCAAAAAUAUUUAGUCAUUCUUUUUUAUAUAUUCAUGAUCAAAUGAAUUCAUAAGUUUUGAUAUGAUUUGAAGAAAAUCGAACAAAAAUUUAAUUGUAUGACUAAGUCAUUGAAAUUUUUUAGAAUGAAUAAAUUUACUAUACGUAUAAGUAUUUAAUUUGGCUUUUAACUUUUAAGGUUAACUGAUUUACUUUUUAUAGACACACAGGUUAUAAUGAAAAUCUUACCGAAUAUAUAAGUAUUUUUUAUUUUUAUAUUAAUGAUUUAUCAUUGUAAGAUACAUCGGUUAUAUGAAAAUGAAAUUCGAUUUAAUAUAACAUAAGAUAAAUGUUAUAUAAAAUAUUUGUUAUAGCAAGAAGAACCUAAUCUAAAUACUAAUAUUUGUUCCAAAAAAUUCCAAUAAACCAUAUCUAAUUUCAGUUUCCUAUCUCCGAAGAUUUUUCCUUAAUUCUAAAUUGUUCAAGAUUUUAUUUGCCAACCAAUAUCUUGCAAGAUUUUUUUCUCCCUAGUUGUUAGAUUCUAUAUACAUUGAACGUACAUUUUCCUUUUCUGUUAGUUAUGAAUUCCCCGUAUAAAAUUAAAAAGUGAUAAAGAGCAAAGUUUGCUGAUAUAUUAAAAGGAUUUCUAAGUGUUUCUAUCGUCCACAGAAUAUAUUAAGAACUUAGAAUAACCUUAAAGUUGUUAGAUAUUACAAUCAAACCAUUAACUUGAGUGUACUUACUAGACAAUAGUUGACAUAAAAAAGUUGAAACCAACAAGAAUUCUUUACAAAUAUCAAACAAAACAGUUUUUAAAACUGAAAAUAACAUCAUUAGUUACUACAAUUUGAUAUUUUAGGCUGGUGCAAACUGUGCAAUUGAUUACCUACUCAUAAACUAAAGUGUAGAUAGCUUUUUUUAACGCAUUACACAACUCGAGAACUUGGACUAUGGAAGAUAACCAAACUCUACACGACAUACAAUAAAGCAUAAACAAUUGAUGUACAAAAACAUCUAAAAUAAACUGACAGCAAUCUUAAUAUUUAGACCAAAAAAAUUGAGAGCAAACUUACAAAAAAUUAGAAUGCUUCAAAACAAAAUUCCUAGCAACACCAUAACUUGAGAGAUAGUAACUUUAAAUUGUGAUAUUGAUACCCAAUCCACACUUCAAAAUAUCCUUAAAACAAAAUUCGUUGCAUUUUUAAAUCAUAAACGAACCACUACACAAGAUAGCAAAACGGUUAUAAAUAUGGACAUACACCUUCAUUAAACGUUUGGAGAGGAAACACUCCUUAAGGAGAGGUGCAUGAUAAAACAGAUCACUUCUCCCAAGAAAAUGAUGCGAAAGUAUAGAUACUUGGUAUAUUUUUUCACAUCUUAAUAAUGAUAGCAAUUCAAAACUACAUCAUAGUUUGAAUUGCCAAUUAGAAACCUUUAUAUGCUUUAUAUGGGUGGACAGCUAGGCUCGAAUUGCCAGUUAAGCUUAACUAGUAUAUAAAUGGAGCGAAACUAAAAGCCCAAACUAAACAAGCCCCAUUAUUAUCAACUUGUGUGUUCAAUUGCAAACGAGACUGAAGCAGAGGAGAGGUCAUACGGGAGAGAAGAAGGAAAAGCAAAGAAGUUGUUGUGCAAAUCAUCGGAGAUGAGGUGCCAACAAGAGAUGUUAAGUGGUCAGCCUUCAGUGGUCUAGUGUGAUUGAUUUGUUUUGGGUAAUUUAAAGGCUUUUUAGUGGGCUUGUUUAUGUAUGGACCUUUUGUAUGGGCUCACAUAAAAGCGAGUGAGACAAGUGGCUCGUGAAGGUGAAUCGAUAACGCGUCUGCACUUUAGUCGUUUCGUGUUUUUUUUUAAUGAAAAAAAAGUGUUUUCACCUUUACAUUUGUUAAAAGGUAUUAGGGCUCUCUUUACCACUACGGCCAAGUGGACGUUGGUUGUGGUCGUCUCGUGUUCUUGUAUAGAAGAAGAAGCUUAGCCACAUCACGUCUCAGAGAGAGCUAAGAGAGAAGCCAAGCCAAGCCAAGCCAAGGAGUCAGCCAUAACAUGACGAGCCAGAUAUGGCUUAAGAACUAGAUGUGAGGAACAAGGGUGGGAAGUAAGAUCCUGCCAUGUUAUUUGACUUCACAGAAUUGCUACCUUUGUCUUUCACGUUGUAAUCUAUAUUCCCUUCAAAUUCCUAUUAUUUAAUAAGUCUCAACGAUUACUCCGAUAAACACCAAGAUCAGUCACCAAAUUUCAUUGGAUCUUUGCUUUUAAUAGAAAGUAUUGAAAAAUAAUUG